GCGGGGCGGGGCAGGCGGCGAGGCGGGGCCGCGCAAAGCAGAACAGGCGGCCGGGGAGCCGGAGUGGAGCCGCCUGGGCGUGAUGGCGCUGCAGCUGGUGGUCAUGGGAGUGAGCGGCUCCGGGAAAUCAACUGUGGGCUCCCAGCUGGGAGAUAAGCUCGGAUGGAAAUUCUAUGAUGGCGACAACUAUCAUCCAGAAGAAAACAAAAAGAAAAUGGCCGCAGGAAUACCUCUGAAUGACCAGGACAGAAUCCCAUGGCUUUGCCACCUGCAUGACAUAUUAAGGAGGGAACAAGCAUCAGGACAGAAUGCAAUUUUAGCCUGCUCAGCCCUGAAAAAAAUGUAUAGAUGCAUUUUGGAGAACAGAGGGACUGGUGGUGACUGUGGUCACCUAGAGGAACAUGAGACACCUCCAUCACUAAAUAUCCUUUUUGUCCACUUAGCCGGCCCUAUGAGCCUAAUUGCUAAACGGCUGGAGAAAAGAAAGGGACAUUUUAUGCCACCUGCUCUACUCCAGUCUCAGUUUGAUACUCUCGAACCUCCAUCACCCCCAGAAAAGUCUAUUACUGUCAGUUUAGAAAAGUCCGCUUCAGAAAUUGUAUCUGAAAUCGAAGAAUAUAUUAAAAACUUGAAUUGUUAAUUGUACCAAGUUGGUUCCUGCACUACAAUACCAUCUCAAAACAAAGACAUCUCUCCUACAAUUUCUCUUUAAUUAAGAAGUAGAAUUUUAUGCAUUGGCUUCCCCCCCCCCCUUGUGAAGAGCACAAAAUAAAAGACAUUUUAAGUCAUAUGAUAUUUAACUUUUGUA